AAAAUUGAAUUUUUACAAAGAGAUAAAAAUAUUGUUUAAAUAAAGUUUAUACUUUUGGUAAAAAUGGUUAUGUCGGAGAUACGUUGGAACGCAAGUCCGGAGGAUAAUAACAACUCCUACAAACGUAACAUGCUUAAGACUCCACCAAGUGGGCACAUCAUUCAAAACAGAUACUUAACUCGGUUGUCAAGAUCGUCAUCACCACUACAAUCAAACGCAUCGGACUGUGAUGAUAUUACUUCAAGCAUUGAUAACUCCAGUGAACCCUGUCAAUCACCUAAGAUUUCCAUAUCACAACAUGAAGAAGAUUUAUCCAUACUUGAACCUCAUCAAAUAAGUGAACUCCAACAAUCAACACAGCAUUUUCAAAAACAUUUAAAUUGUUUAGGGAGAGUUCAUAAUGAGGAUACAGGCUCCACAGCACUAAAUUUAACAAAUGAAAACUCUGAACACAUACUGCAAUCAUAUGUGCCAUUACAGCGAACAAUGAAUUCAUUGCUAUCCGAGCAUUCUUAUAAUAGCGAUGUCCUGCAAACUAAUAAUACCAUAUCAACCAAAAUGUUGGCGGCUUCAACUAAUUGUUUACCUGCGGCCAAUUUAUUUCCUGCUAACACAAAUGAACCAAUACCUAUCAAUAGUUCAGCAUCUCUACCCGAUUUUUCACAGUUCCAGCAGGCUUUACAUCAGCAACAGUCUGUACUACAUCAACAAUUUCAAAACUGUAUAGAUAUAAUACGUAGUGGCUCAUUGGGUCUACCACAUGAUGAUCCGAAUAUUGCAGCUCAAGUAGCUGCAGCACAGUUCCUACUACAAAGCCGUGUGCAAGCGUUAUCGCAAGCUGCACAACAGCUACAAGCGUUACAAAAGCAGCAAGAAGAACAUCAUCAUUACAGUCCACAUCAAAUGGAAGCUUUGCGCAUGAAAAACAAACAAACAUCAACGCCCACAAAUCGUACGCCCACACAAAGUCCAAUCUCUUCACCAACAACAUCACAAACCAAUUUUGGUUCAAAUAGUCAUAUUCAUGUAACACCACCAAACACUGCACUUAGUUUAAAAAUAAGCGGAAUUUUAACUCCAAGUACACCACAUGGAGGACCACAAACACCCCAAAUGCCGAAAAAUAUGAAUAUCGUCAACCGUACGGCUGGAGAACCUUCUCCUGAAGAAACCACAGACUUGGAAGAACUCGAACAGUUCGCAAAAACAUUCAAGCAACGCCGCAUAAAACUCGGCUUCACGCAAGGUGACGUCGGCUUAGCUAUGGGUAAACUUUAUGGUAAUGACUUUUCGCAGACAACAAUUUCCCGAUUUGAAGCAUUAAAUUUAAGUUUCAAGAAUAUGUGUAAGCUGAAGCCGCUGCUGCAAAAAUGGUUGGAAGACGCCGAUCGUACGAUACAAGCAACUGGAGGUAUUUUUGAUCCUGCUGCGUUACAAACAACUGUAACCACACCUGAAAUUAUGGGGCGACGUCGUAAAAAAAGAACUUCAAUAGAAACUUCAAUACGCGGUGCCCUGGAAAAAGCAUUUCUUAUGAAUCAAAAACCAACCAGCGAGGAAAUAAGUCAAUUGGCGGAUCGGCUCUGCAUGGAAAAAGAAGUAGUGAGAGUCUGGUUUUGUAACAGACGACAAAAAGAGAAACGUAUUAAUCCGUCCAUUGAUAGUCCAAGUGGUAUUAAUGGAGAUGAAUCACCGUAUAUGAUGAUAAAUUAAUGUAUGGCAUUUAAUGGAGUAAAAAUGGCAGUGGAGUGUAUAAACUAGUACUUAGAAAUUACAAAAACAAAUUAAACAAACAAAACAUUUUAAUAACUUCGAAUUAAGUCAGGUAACCACGAUAUAUACAAAGUACAUAUAUAUAUGUAUUGUAUUUUACUAUAUGUAUGUUUAUAUAAGGAUCUCAAGCGAAUGUGUAUGCAUUUACACAUAUACUCAGAUGUUGGUUUCUAUUUUAUAAUAUGUAUGGAAAAUUAAUAUAUGGAAAAUUGUUUAUUAAUUUCAAUUUAUAAACACUUCCAUUUCAUUAAAAUAUGAAACGUUAAAUGUGUAAAUGAUGAUCCUCUCUGGCCUCGAUGAGCGCCUUCUCUUCGAAAUUGUCACUUUGAACAGUUUAACUAAUAACUAAUAAUGUGUAAAUGCAUAUUGAUAUUGUUAAAAAACAUAAAUAAAUUUAUAAAUUUAUAAAUACUCAAUAGACGCAAUAAUACAUACGAUACAUUUCUACAUAUCUUCUUUAAAUAUUAGCAAACUGUUUAAUUUUUAAAAGACAUUUUGUGCCUUCAUUUUUACAGGUUAUAUUGAACACAUCAAAAUAAAUGAAUUUGAACUUUAUAAUUAUAACUUAAAUGAAUGUUUUAGCACAAAAUUAACCUCAAAUUUACAAAUUUAAUUCAAACCAAAAUCUUUCUAAUUUAUGCACUCACCAAGUACAUACGUUGAGUACUAGGUCUAUAAGUAUCAGACUUGCAGGACUUCUAUUUUGCUAAUGUGGUGUACAUGCUUACGUGUACAUAAAUAAUAAAGAUUUUUAAAUGAUUUGUGUUAACUAAUUAUU